UGUGAGAGACAGGGGGAGACAGAGAAAGGAGAAUAGAGCCAAUAGAAACCCCACCCAUCAGUGGGUGGAUUUGGAGGAGGAGCACUCAUAUCAGUCAGUAGAGAGAGAACCUUCUAAGAGACGGAGUAAGGGAGGAAGGAAAUCUUAGCGCAGACAAAAGCGCUCUUUCUGGCUGGAGUUUGUUUACCACUUCCCGGGGAAACUUCACCAAAAACUCUGGGAUUUAUUUCACUUUUCUUUCACUUUUAGACGUUAAUGUGUUGCUCACUUUGGACCUGUGGAUCCUGUUUGGACUUGCAUUGAUAUUAUUAAGCCAUAUUUAUAUCACAGACAACUUGUCAUCGUGUUAUUUUCGGAGCCAGCGGUGAUGUCCCACCACUGACAUGCACCACAGACCACCAAACCGGUCCGAUGGCUCGGCCGCAGUAACGGCAACACAGGGGAGCGAAGGAGAUCCACCACCCGUCGGUGCCGCUGGAGCCUCAGGGCAAACCUCCCGUUCAAACGACUGCGGCGAGCGGAUUGGCCCCAGCGAUUUCACCGGAGGAAGAGAGCCGGACUCGCCGUCCUGGUGCAGAACCAAAGCCAUCACCCCUGUCGACAGCCUAGACGUGUUUCAGAAGAGGUCUAUAUUCCACCUUCCUCGCCGCGCCUCAAGUGGAUAUUUCUCCUCUGAGGGCGACUCACUGCCGAGCUCCCCGCUCUCCCUGAGGCCAGUGACGGCUGACAGAGCUACGCAGACUCCGAGCCUCACCGGCCAGGUGAUGAACCAUGCCCUACAGCGCAUGGCUGGGGCGCAGGACGGAGGACCGACGACGCACCAGCAGCACGGACAAUCUCCGAACCCCUCUAGCACGCGGCAACGAAACGCAGCAGGGGACAUGCAGGCGGAGGCAAUCGGACGAGAGAUCCGACGCAUUGGAGACGACUUCAAUAGAUUGCUUCUGCUCAGGGGGGUGGCAGGCAGACAUAGACGGAUUGUGAUCCAUCCGAACCCGCUGCCACACAUCCACCAGGAGCCAACUGUGCUGCUCUGCGUGGGCCUUCUGAUCCUCCUGAUUGGACGAAUAAUCUACUUGCAAGGCAGUACAAACAGCCAGGACAACUCUCAGGUUUAGCCUUUGGAAAACCCAGCAGACGUAGCAUAAUAAUGUAUCUGUAUUGAAUCCUUGUUUUUUGGGGACCUGAUUUUUUCCAGUGGUGGAAGGAGACUUUGGACUCUGUAUCUUAAUUUCGAUGGAGAUAAUUUGUUGACACCUUUGAGGAGCUCUGAAAUGCCUGGAUUUGUGUUUUUUCACCUCUGCUCCUUCACGGUCUCUGAGCCUUUGCAAUGCUACCAAAGAGCCGGGAAUUUGCACUUCUUUCCAGCGCAGAGGUGGUCAUGUCACCUAAAUAUGCCUCUGUGCAAAAUGACGCCUGUGGAAAUUUAAAUGUGCCUUGUACAGUUUCCUAUUUACUUUUUUAGCUUCUUUUAAGGUGUUUUUAUUGUACAGAGAUUCUGAAUUCCUCGGGUAAUCAACUCUGCAGACCCAUUGUUGUUAAAUGUGGGACCAGUCUGCAGAUUUCCCCCCAUCUUUUCCCUCUGAUGGAUUCAGGCAGGGAAAAAUGAUCUUGCACUCCUGUCUUGCCAUGAUCCAACAUGCAACAGACUGAUUUGUGUGGGAACCAACUUGCCCAAAAUAAUCAUUUUUAUCCACCAUUUUUAUCUAAACUACUGUGUCAUUUAACACUUUGUUACCAUGAGUUACAUGUCUGCUUAUGUCUACAUAGUAAAAUAAUUAAUAAGAGCCGACUGUACACCAAGGUUUCCAGCCACAGAAAUUAAUUUUAUCCUGAUAAUUUGAGUACUAAAUGACACUGGAAUCGAUCAUCUGAUCAGAGAUCAUCAAAUGUCAUGACAGGAUGACUAUUUCAAGGAGAGGUGAGAUGGGUAAUAGAAAAGUCAUCAUCAGGAAAAGCAGAUCAUUGCUCGCAAACAUAAGUAUUUUGUACUGUUUGUACCAACACGUGUUAGGGGAACCAAUGCACUCUGGACUGACGAGCACAAACAAUUAACAAACAAUUAAAUUACCCAACUUUCCCUAAAGAAAUCAGUCCUCUCCAAAUGCUGUUUAAUACUGCGCUUGUUUUCAUUCAUGAGCAAAGUGUCCAUUUUGUUUUGCGUGUCAUAUUUCAAUACCCUGGGUCAAGUUUAAGUAACAGUAGCUCCUCCCACCGGUUGGUUAAUAUGUGAUCAGGUAAUCUGUAAUCAGGAUUAUUAUCUCUUCAAAGGUACUUUCAAUCGAUGCACCAAUCCUGCAGCUUUAAAAAAAAAAAAAAAAAGUGAGAACGCAUUUCUUUGAAAUUUCCACUAGUUUUCUAAACAUCUAUAGCCAUUUGUUAUCUUGGAAUUGCAAAAUUAAUGUUUUAUCCAUGUAUUUCAUGACUACUUUACAAUUUUACAAUUUACUGAACCUGCCCAGACAUAUUUUAACCUCAGCAUUGAUCAGUUUUACACAAACAAAACCUCAAGCAUUGAUACUAGUAAGACGAUACUGUACCAUACUGUACCAAAUGAUACCAUCCUCCCUCUGUACUGAAAAACGUGUGUUUCUGUAACCCCUAGAGCCAGGUUGAAUGGUGAAGACACGUGACUUCCUCCCUAUUGACUUAAAAUCUAACCAAGCAUUUUUAUAAUCAUUUUUUAUCAUUUUUAUCACCAAAUACAGUCAGUAUACAUGGAUUUACAGGAUGACAGUAAAUAAAAUAAAGCGUACUACUUUAUAUUUUCUACAGUCAUCCUGUAAAUCUAUUCCCUCUUUGCUCUGAUUGUUUUCAGCAUUAAAACAAAGAGUUUGCACAAAAGCAGGAGCAGAAUGCUUCAGCAUUCUUACAAUACUAUGAUUUGUAACUAAUAUGUUACUAAGCUGCCCAGUUAGUGAGUGGAACUCAAGAGCAAGAUAAUGAACAAAAUAAGUAAUGGAAUCAUGUCAAUCAUUUAAACCAUUAAACAGUGUCAUUUCCUGCUGUCUUGUUUACUAUUGUUCUGUUUUGCAUUGUUUUCAAUAUUUAAAGUAAUUCCCUACAAUACAGUGAGUGGUCUGUCACUGUUUUUGUUUCAGCCUCUGGAUUUAACAUUAGCAGCAAAGACUGAAUGUAGUUGGCAAGUAUUGGUUUGUUGACAAGGUCAUGUCAUCCGUUUAUUAGCCCAGUGAUUCAGACCUGGCCAAGUCUCAUCAUGCCUGCCAGGUCAUUAAACACUCAGAGAGAGAUUUUUGGACGACAACCAAACACGGAAUCAUGCAGAGUCAAAGAGGGGUUUGUCACUGACUAGUUAGCCAACAGCAACAUAUCAAACAGUGGUUAUGCAGGCUUCAGAUAAGGUACAUUUAUUCUUAUCUUUGAACUCUUUAGGCUUAUUAAAACAUAUCGGUUCGGUUGUCAUGUGAGGAACCAGCAAAAGUAGGUUAUUCUUUUUGUAUGUUUUAGGUCUUGGCUUACUAAAAAUGCAUGUUACCACUUAAAACUGAUUAAAACUGAACCAGAAAAACUAUAAACAGCCGAAUAGCUUGCGAAAGUGUAAAAACAAUUGCCAAACCAAUCAGUUAAUUCUUAUCAUUGAAGCCUUCUUUCUUUUAAAACCAACACAUACUAUUUUAAAACACUUCUGAUUAAGCAUAAAUCUAUGUGUGGCUUUGCCAAAUUUGUUCAAUCAGUGUCAGAAAAGCUGUUUGACUGAGAUCUGAAUAUAAUAAUGACCACACAUUUAAAGCUUUAAUCUUUAAUGGAAGUUUGGCUGUUUCAAGUGAGUGUUAGCAGCACUGCAGAUAAUGUGUUGUUAUGCGUGUUACAUGUGUUGAAUUUAAUCUUCUAAAACAAAUUAGUUCACUGUUGCUCGCUCCCUGUGAGGUUAUCCGACAGCAAUUCAGAGCGGCAACAGAAGUUGGUUGUAACACACUUGAUAACUAAUUUCAUCUGAGUCUGUUUUUGAGUCACGCUGAUGUUUGCACAGUUGUGUCAACACGAAUGCAAAUCAGAUAAAGUGUGAUCCUGGCUUUCAUCAUCCUUAAACUCUCAUUUCAGCAACUCUCACAUCUGUUUAAUCUCAUGCUUUAAUAGUGUUAAAUUAGUGGUUCAGCCGCAAAGUUUCAUUUUCAAACAAUGAGGCUGUCUUUUCUGUUACUGUAGCUUGUUGACAUUUGUUUUUACACACCACACUGAAUCAAGACUUUUUUUCUGUUUCUUCCUCAUCCUAAUCCUGUCUUCCUGGAAAUGCACGUCUCAGGCUCGUCUUCCUGUGUGCCAAAGUUAUCCACUUUGCUUUUCCUCCGCUGUGACUGCAUUUUGAUUUCUGAUAUUGUGCCAUGUGAAACCUAAGACCUCAUUUUGAAGUACUGUAUUACAGCUGGAGUGUGAGAGGAGAGCAUGGCAGGGAGGAAACCGAAAGAUGAAUUAUCGUCUUCUGAAACUGAUAUGGAAACCUGGUGAUGAGUUGAUUCACCGCCUAUCAUUGAAGGUGUUACAGUUCAGAAACAGUUGUGUGACAUUCAGGGUUUUACUGACAAAAUCAUAUUGCAUACUUAUGUGUGUUUGAGCUUUUAGGAUUAUAACAACAGAAAAAUCACUCAAUAUCUAUGAUCUAUUAAUAGUCAAAUAAACAUUUAUACUCACGUUUUUUUUUUUUUUUUUUUUUUUUAAUUGUAAUUGUUAAAAAGAUAAAACAUGAAAUAUGGGCAACCCAGAGACACUGUUGUGUGUUGUGCUUCGCUGCAAAUGCUGUACAGAAAUGCAUCUCUUGGAGCCUGUUUGUGCAGAAAUGGAAACAAACUAAUCUGAAUGACUCCAAAUGACCCAGUACAACUGUAGCAACAUGUUGUCUUUUUUUGUUUAUACUGUUAUUGUACACUGAAAAUAUUGUAAUUAAACUGUUUUGAUUGCUUUAACAUGCAUUAAACUGUUGUAAAUAAAGCUUUUACAUCUUU